AUGGCAAGUCCAGUGGUAGAGGAUAGAGAGCGGAUCGAUAACUGCUUUCUGGCAUUGCUGGAAGCGAGGGCCUCGACUUCGCAUUCGGAGAUUCGAAAUCUGACCCAACCGAUUAUGGAGUACCCUGUCAUCCCUGACUUCGCCAUCGUGCGGAAAUCGACAAACAUCACGAAGGCAGUGGGAGAGGUCAAGAUACGGGUGCAAGACCUACUCAUGAAUUCCAGCAUGGAAUACUAG